AUGUACAAGCGGGCGGCCCCAAAGCCAGCCGCAAAUGCAACGGCAUCGCCGGCCCCGGACUCUGCAGCUCUCCGCGCGGCAGUGCUGAGCUUUGCCAAAAAGCAACCAGCACCUGCACCACCACCAGCACCAGCUAUACGCGAACGGGGGGAUAGGAGACAACCACCACCACCACAACAACAGCAACAACAACACCAACGCCAACAACAGCGGACAUCGCGCUCCAACACCAGGUCAUCGCGACACUCUCGUUCUGGCUCCUCUUCAUCGGCCAUGGCAGGGGAAGGAGAAGCGCUCGCGGUGCGGCAGCGCCUGAAGCUAUUCGGAGAAGCGGACGAAACCCCCCUAUCACCCUCGACAACGACGAGUCAUGCGCGGAAGCGCCCCGGCAGUCCGGAAAAAGUCGACUCUUCAUCGCUCGACGACAUCUCCUCUCUCAAAUCGAUGUUCGAACAGCAGACUACCGCAAAGAGCCCGUCCCUGGCUGCCGCAAUCGUCGCAACCAGUGCUGGUCAGAGCCCGAGCCCGAGCAUGAGCCCGAAACCCCCGGUUGCGCCCAAACCGUCCUCGGUCUCGGUGGCUUCGAGGAACUCGGAGAGUUCCAGCGCGAUAACGGCGGCGUCCCGCGCGCAUGCUUCGAGUCCGCGGACUACCGGUGGAGCGGGAGGACCGGCGCCGUGGAAGAGGGUAGAUCUGGACCGACCUACAAUCGCAAGGACGGAGUCCAGGGAGUCGGCGGCAACGAGGACCCAUGCUUCGAGCCCGCAGACUACCGGUGGGGGUGCAAGGGGAGCUCCGAUGCCUCCACUACCACGGAAGGCUCGUGGACCGCGGCGUAAACCCCCCACGACAACCACCAACGUGCGACCAUCCCACCCCGCGCGCACAACCCCCGUGACAGCCACGGUGGGGGCGGGUGUGUCGAGUCCGGCGCCUCUACCACCGAAGAAGAAGAAAGUGGACAUGUCUCCCAUCGCACGGACGGAAUCGGCCGCUUCGCAUGACUUGGAACGGAUCAAGUCCAAGCCUCCGCCGCCAAAGAAGCCGCCGAUCGCGCGGACGGAAUCACUGGACUCGGGAAUCUCGGGUGUAGGAGCGCGGAACGACGCACUGGCGGCAGCAACGGUAGCCCAUGCAUCAUCGAGGCCCACAUCGGCACUCCCGUCUCCACAAACGACGGGCGGAAGAUCACCGCUGCCUCCCCCGACGAGGAAGAAGGCGACAGGAGACGCUUCCCCAGUAAGACACACCGAAUCGGUGGUGUCGCACAACUCGGGACGGCCCAGCGCCUUGACGGCGGCAACGAUAGCUCACGCUUCGAGGCCGCAGAAUACCGGAGGAGGAGGGGCUCCGAUGCCUCCACUACCGCGGAAAGCGCGCCCACCACCACGGAAACUUCCCUCCACCAGUAACUUACGACCCACCCUACCCGCGCGCACAUCAUCAACGGCCUCAGCGUCUUCAGGCUCCAGCGCGCCCACGGCGGCAGCAAGGGCCCACAUUUCGUCUCCACGCAAGUCGGACGGCCAAACUCCUCCGCCGCGACGGAAGAUCAUUGACCCGCCUUCGUUUGCGCGGGCAACCUCCGAAACCUCCGCCUCUGGCGCCUCCAUCGCAACAACCGUCGUCCUCCGACCACCCCCACCACCCCAGAAAAAACCCUUCCUCCCGACCAGCACCCGCAAACCACCGGCCCCCCUCCCCCGUCGUCGUCGCUCCCUCCCCACCAUCCCACCACCCAUCCCUUCCCGCCCUGCCGCCACAAUCGCCGCCUCCCUUGCGCCCUCGCGCUCCAUCCCCCCAGGGCCACGUAAACCACCCGCCCCCGUCCCGCCGCACAAACCUUCACCGCAACGGCGCCGCUCCCUCCCCGCCCUCCCGCGGACCCUGCGCCCACCGCGUAGUCCCACCCCCCCACCACCGAAGCCUCCGCCGCGCCGCCACCGCCACAACGAAGUGCUCAACCACACGUGGGCACGCACCAUCCCCGCGGCUGCUAGACGCCGCUACGAGGGCUUCGAAGUCGCCUCGAGAACCGUGUGCUCGCCGAGGUGUGGCAGCUUGUGGAUCGAGGCGCGAAGGGACGGCUCAGCAGGGAGGAGUGGGUGUGGCCUGUGGAUCAUCGAUACCGCGCUCAGGGGCGGGAAGGUCCCCGUUAGGGUCGAGGAGGGCGUGUGGAAGAGUGCUGGUGGGACGAUGGAUGUGGAUGCGGGGAGGGAGAAGGGUAGGGGAAGGGGAAGGUGA